AAAUAUCAAAUAUAAAGUCCAAACAAAACACCAAUCGAGAAAGGAAGAGCUCACAGAAUUUCUCGUCCUCAUCCCUACAAGUCUUCUUCUUCUCUCAAACCUUCUCUUACCAGAAACUCGCUUUGCUCGGAUAAGGUUGCGGUCACUUCACUCACUGUUGCUUUGCUUAAUAUGGCGGUGGAGAAGUCAAGCAUUGCAAAAGAUGUGACGGAAUUAAUUGGCAAAACUCCGUUGGUAUAUCUCAACCAUGUCGUGGAUGGCUGUGUUGCCAAAGUUGCUGCGAAGUUAGAAAUGAUGGAACCUUGCUCCAGUGUCAAGGACAGGAUAGGAUAUAGCAUGAUUGUAGACGCUGAGGAGCAGGGACUCAUUAAACCGGGUGAAAGUGUUCUCAUUGAGCCUACCAGUGGAAACACUGGCAUAGGCUUGGCAUUCAUGGCGGCUGCUAAGGGUUAUAAACUUGUUAUAACCAUGCCUUCUUCAAUGAGUCUUGAAAGAAGAACCAUUCUUCGAGCUUUUGGAGCCGAGUUAGUUCUCACAGAUCCCGCCAAGGGUAUGAAAGGAGCUGUUCAGAAGGCAGAAGAGAUAAGGGAUAAGAUUCCCAAUUCUUAUAUGCUUCAGCAAUUUGAAAAUCCUGCCAACCCAAAGAUCCAUUAUGAAACCACUGGACCAGAGAUCUGGAAGGGCUCCAGUGGGAAGGUUGAUGCUCUUGUUUCUGGCAUUGGGACUGGAGGUACAGUAACAGGUGCUGGAAAAUAUCUGAAAGAGCAGAACCCUGAUAUAAAGCUAUAUGGCGUUGAACCAGUAGAAAGUCCUGUACUGUCUGGAGGGAAACCUGGCCCUCAUAAGAUCCAAGGUAUUGGUGCUGGCUUCAUCCCUGGUGUUCUGGAUGUCGAUUUACUUGAUGAAGUUAUUCAAAUUUCCAGUGAAGAAGCUAUUGAAACUGCUAAACUUCUCGCUUUGAAAGAAGGUUUGCUGGUGGGGAUAUCAUCUGGUGCUGCUGCCGCUGCUGCAAUUAAGAUAGCAAGGAGGGCAGAAAAUGCUGGAAAACUCAUUGUUGUGGUCUUCCCAAGUUUUGGAGAGCGUUAUCUAUCUUCUGUGCUCUUCGAAUCUGUAAAGCGAGAAGCAGAGAACUUGGUCUUUGAGCCCUGAAUAUAACGUCAUAUCAAUCUUUUGCUGAUAUCGAGUGUAGUGAGGCAUUUGCUGCUUCUCAAGUUGCAUUCUCUCUUUCAUUUAUGUAUCUAUUUUUUCUUGUGCAUCUAAAAAAUAAAAAAAUGACUUUGUGUUGGCUUGUUAAUUGACUAAGAUUCAAUAAUAUUAUGUUUGCUUGAAUGUUUAAACUUGCA